GCUGCCGCUGUGAUUGGCACCCCGAGGAGGAGGAGGAGGAGGAGAAGGAGGAGGAAGGCGCGGAGCAGCCGCGGGGCCCGCCAUCCCGCGGCGGCGGAGCGGCGGCGCCCGGGAGGAUGCCGGGGAAGCGGAGCUCGGCGGGCGGCGGCGGCGGCGGCACCACCGAGCUCCCGGGGGCCGGCGCGCCGCGGCAGCGCAGGCGGCGGAGGAAGGUCUCCUGCUUCUCCAGCAUCCAGCUCUUCCUGGUGUCCGAGUGCGCCCUGAUGCUGGCCCAGGGCACGGUGGGAGCCUACCUGGUGAGUGUUUUAACCACCUUGGAGCGGCGAUUCAACCUUCAGAGUGCUGACGUGGGCGUCAUUGCCAGCAGCUUCGAGAUUGGCAACCUGGCCCUCAUCCUCUUCGUGAGCUACUUCGGAGCCCGAGGACACCGGCCACGCUUAAUAGGAUGUGGAGGGAUAGUCAUGGCCUUGGGUGCCCUCCUUUCCGCGUUGCCUGAAUUUCUGACCCACCAGUACGAAUAUGAGUCGGGAGAAAUACGCUGGGGGGCUGAAGGGAGGGAUGUGUGUGCUGUCAACGGGUCCUCCAGCGAUGAGGGACCAGACCCGGACCUUAUCUGCAGGAAUAGAACUGCUACCAACAUGAUGUACUUGCUGCUCAUUGGAGCACAGGUCCUCCUGGGCAUUGGUGCUACCCCUGUCCAGCCCCUGGGAGUUUCCUACAUCGACGACCACGUGAGGCGGAAAGAUUCCUCCCUGUACAUAGGGAUCCUGUUUACGAUGCUGGUAUUUGGACCAGCCUGUGGAUUUAUCUUGGGCUCCUUCUGUACCAAAAUCUAUGUGGAUGCUGUCUUCAUUGACACAAGUAAGCUGGACAUAACCCCGGACGACCCUCGGUGGAUCGGUGCGUGGUGGGGAGGCUUCCUGCUGUGUGGUGCCUUACUCUUCUUCUCGUCCCUGCCGAUGUUCGGGUUCCCGCAGUCGCUGCCCCCGCGGCCGGAGCACGCCGGGGAGAGCGAGCAGGCCAUGCUUCCCGAGCGGGAAUACGAGAGGCCCAAGCCGAGCAACGGGGUCCUGCGGCACCCGCUGGAUGGGGAGAGCAGCACGACCUGCUUCCAGCAGCUGCGAGUGAUCCCCAAAGUAACUAAGCACUUGCUCUCCAAUCCCGUCUUCACCUGUAUCAUCCUGGCAGCCUGCAUGGAGAUCGCGGUGGUGGCCGGAUUCGCCGCCUUCCUUGGAAAGUACUUGGAGCAGCAGUUCAACCUCACCACCUCAUCUGCCAACCAGCUCCUGGGGAUGACAGCAAUCCCAUGUGCAUGUCUGGGCAUAUUCCUGGGUGGCCUCUUGGUGAAGAAGCUCAGCCUGUCUGCUCUGGGAGCCAUCAGGAUGGCCAUGCUGGUGAACCUGGUGUCCACAGCUUGCUACGUGUCUUUCCUGUUCCUGGGAUGUGACACAGGACCUGUGGCAGGGGUUACUGUUCCCUAUGGAAACAACUCAACUCCAACCUCAUCUCUGGACCCAUAUUCCCCCUGCAAUAACAACUGUGAAUGCCAAACUGAUUCCUUCACUCCAGUCUGUGGGGCAGACGGGGUCACAUACUUAUCUGCCUGCUUUGCUGGCUGCAGCAGCACGAACCUCAGUGGCUGUUCGUGCCUCACCUCGGUCCCUGCCGAAAAUGCCACCGUGGUUCCUGGCAAAUGCCCCAGCCCCGGCUGCGAAGAGGCCUUCCUGACAUUCCUGUGCGUGAUGUGUGUUUGCAGCAUGAUCGGGGCCAUGGCACAGACACCAUCAGUCAUCAUCCUCAUCAGAACCGUGAGCCCCGAACUCAAAUCUUAUGCUCUGGGGGUGCUUUUCCUGCUGCUCCGGUUGCUGGGUUUUAUCCCACCUCCACUGAUCUUUGGGGCUGGAAUCGACUCCACGUGUCUGUUCUGGAGCACGUUCUGCGGCGAGCAAGGAGCCUGCGCCCUGUACGACAACGUGGUCUAUAGAUACCUGUAUGUUAGUAUUGCUAUAGCCCUGAAGUCUUUUGCAUUCAUCUUAUACACAACCACCUGGCAGUGCUUGAGGAAAAACUAUAAAAGAUACAUCAAGAACCACGAAGGUGGUCUCAGCACUAGUGAGUUUUUUGCCUCUACUCUCACCCUAGACAAUCUGGGGCGGGACUCGGUGCCCCAAAAUCAACCACAUAGGACAAAAUUUAUCUAUAACCUCGAAGAUCAUGAGUGGUGUGAAAACAUGGAGUCUGUUUUAUAGUGACUGUGGAGGGGUGAACUAUAUUAAUAAUACAAGGGUCCUUUUUAAUAAAAACAAGGAGAGAGCACGAAUGAAGAUACACAACUGCAAAACAACAGCGGCAACACAGGAAACUUUUUGUCUUUUUCUCAAAGUCAGACCCAGCCAUGAUUCUUGAGAACAGCAUCUUCUGAUGGGAUCGCUUGUGACAUCCUGCAGGGUGAUGGAGAAAGCAGGGAGCCAUUUGUGGCUUGGUACCAGCCCCCUUGAUGACAGUACGAGCUCCCAAGGAGGGCAUCUGCAGAGGUUCACUGGAGAGCUCGGCACACGGACAGGCUUGGGCAUGAGGCGUAGAGAAAGCGAGGUGAUGAUGGCAAUAGGUGUUUGCAGUUGCAAACGGGGUCCUGGGGGUGUGUGGAGCCCCCACAGCGUGGGCUGAAGGGUUGGCCAGUCUGGGUGCUGCUGCUCAAACCUGCUGUGCUCUGCAGUGGCAAAGAGGGAGCGAUGCUGGAUUCAUUCCACCAGUCACACUCUGUCACCAGCCACGAGUCCACGAUAAAUACCUUGAAAGCUGCUGGAAACCUUCCCGGUGGCGAGCAAUGCUGUCAGGGGUAUCCAAGUCCUUCCAGCCCAGGCUUAUUCGCAGAUUGCAGCUCUGUGGCUGUCUGUGAAUAGCUGCGCUCAGAUCUCAAACCCAGUAGAGUUCAAGACAUUUGCUCACACUUGCCAAACGUGCUGUCAUUUUUAAAGGGGGAUGAGUUCCAAAUACUUAUCUGUGUAGUCCUCUAAUAAGAUGUUUUUUAAAAUUACUUUCAGAUCUAUGUUAACCCUUAAAUGGCUGACACUUUUCCAUAGGGAGGAUUUAUUUAUGCUAGUUUGGGGAAGGAUCCUGUUUAAUUCACCCAAACGUAAUGUGACUCAAGGGGUUUGUUUAAUCCUCUGCGUUUUUUAUCCAUACGCCUUCAUUCUAAUAUGCUACCAAGCCAAUGAAGACACAUAAUAUGUUUUUAAAAAAGAGAACGAAUGCACUGUGUCUCUCUAUAAAAACAAUUGUCAGUUGGAGAAUUAUAGAUAAUAUGAUGAUUUACAUAAUAUAGUUUUUUCAUAUUCUAUGUGACUCAGUGAAUACAUAUAUAUGUGGAGAGGCUGUUUAUGUUCUCUCCGGUUUUUAAAGAUAUAUAUAUAUAUAUAUAUAAUUUGCAAUCUAGAAAUUGUGUGGUGGAUGUUUUCUUUAAAGUGUGUGUGUGUUUGUGUGUGUACAAGAUGAGAGGAAUACUGACCUUAAUCCUUUAACCCUCACAACUGGCAUUUUAUUUUCCACCUGAGAAAUUCUACUGAUUUCAGUGGAAGCCGUGUGAGGAAGACGUAAUAACUUCCCCUCCUGGACGCCACGUUUUGCCCUUAGAUGUGGAAAUAGUGUUCCUCUGGAAGGCUGGGUUAUGGGAGCAGAGGCUGGCCAGCAUUGAGCAGCUCAAACUUUCAUUCAGCUCCCUGGGAAGCAUCCCUGCAGGAGCAGAUUCAGCUUUGCUCUUACAAUGCAGUCCUACCUAAGCCUGUAAAAAUCACGGGGGAGCUUUCAUCUGAUUACAAGAAGCGUGGGGGUCAGGCUUAUUUUGUUUGCAUAUUUUUGUUUUCCAAAACAUUCCUGCUGGGAAGCAAUACAAAUUGGUGGUGUCUGAUGAAUCUUUCCCCAGGAACCAGGCCCACUUCCAAUGGACUAAAUGUCAGAAGGGUUUUAAGGGUUAGCAUCGUAACAAAGAGCUCUUUUUUUUUGUUUGAAUUUUGAAGCUGUUGUGAACUUGAGGAUGUUUAGAAAAAGUAUCCUGGCACGUUGAGUCAAAUGCUGGAGGUCACUUCCAUGCAGCUGGUGAAGGGGCCGAUCUUCCCCAAGUCCUUAUCCAUUGCUGGCAGUGGACACACCAGACCUGGCACGAUUACAGAGGGUUGAUAACUUGCCACUCAUGUUCAACACCUUUUUAGCAGACUUUACUUUUAUCUAGGCAUUGCAACAUGGGUGUGGGGUAUCAAACUGCUUCCACUUGACUGACUUUACAUGUGUCUUUGUAAUUUAUGCACAGCAUUAUAUGUUCAGCAACAAUAAGGGCAGGAAAAAAAGGGUGUAUCAAAUAAACUCCACUGUGCCAAAUACUCCACAAAUAUUGUAACUGCAGAUAUUUGAUUCUUGGGUUUCAGCCAUGUUAAGAAUCACUUGAUUAAUGAAGGAGUUUAAGGAAAAAAAAAGGUUAUUAAGCUAUGCAGUGCCAUUGUUACGCUGGGUGGUAAAUGAUGCUUUUUAGAUCAUUAGGUUGGUUUAGUAUAUCCUGUCUGCUAAAAUAGAGAUACUGCAUCCAUAAAACAAUGAAUUUACAAAAGGCACUGGGUGCAUAACGGUCUCAUAGAAUAUAUAUAAUUGUCAAGUAUAAGCCUUUGAAAUCAUUCUGUACAGUUCUCUUCAUUCUGCAGAUUUAUUACUUAGACUGCUGUCUUUUCAAAUGUUAGCUCAUAAUUUUAUACUAUACACACACAUUCAGACUCAGAACACAAAUGUCACGGAAUAGAACCUUUCUAAAAGCCUGAUUGCUUGAAAUUCCAUAACCCCUUUCACAGUUUCAUGAUUUUCCCCUCUGAAAGUCUAAGGUGAAGGAGAAUAGCACAGUGACAUGAUGCAAACAAAACAAACUCCCAGUGUUCACAGGCUGUGGUUUGUCGGUACAGUCAAAAGUCCCCCUUGACCAGAGUUAUAGAAACAGGAUUCCAGGGCACGUAAUGGUUCAGUUUUUAUUUUUGUUUAUUUUUUUUCAUUUGAUCUCUUCUCUUAGUAUGCAUGGGGGAUGCAGUUGAAUGGGGUUACUUACAUUAUUUUUAAGCUCUAACUUGAAGUUCCUACGUGAUUGUUAUUUUAUUUCUUUUGAUAAUGCAACUUUUGAAAAGCUUCCUCCCCAUCCCACUCUUUUUUUUUUUUUUCAAGGUUGCAUCCAAUGCCUGCAUCACGAAGGGCUUUGCUGUCAGUACUUUGGUAUAGAUUUAAGAACAGAGCUUUAGCUUAAAGAAAAUACACAGACCAAAAGCUUCAUCCAUCCCAGCAGGCAUUUUGGGUUUUUUUCUGAUUUCAAAACCACAAGCCAGUUUUUCCUGCACCGCAGUUUUUGUUAUAGAAUAGCAAAUUAAUAGUGUCACAUAUCCUUCUGCUUCCCAAAUUGCAAAUAUGGGCCUUUGCCUGUCAGCACUUGGCUUCCAUCCCUCAACUGCCUUAACAGUGCAGGAGACUUAAGAGCAAGGAUGGAGUUGGAAUGGAAUGGUGGAAUUUUUUUCCCCAUAUUCACGGGGAAUUGAAAUUCAGGGGUUUGUUGAGACCUCAGUCUCAGCAGAAAUGUUAUUUUGACAUUUCCAAGCACUGUGUUCCCUGUGUGGCUGCCUGCUAAGGAAUGGGAUUUUUGAAGAAAUAAAUUACUUGAGAAUCCCAGUCCCUCUGGGAUUACGCAGUGGCCUUGCAUGACUUCAGGUUGGGGUUUCCUUUCCCUUGCACAGAUCCCACCUUGGCAUGGCCCUGGUGGAAUCAGAAGGGCACCCCAAUCUAAAAUUGGUGCAGAUGACAUUAGAAUCAGUUUCUUUCCACCCUUGUUAAAAAGGUGAUGCAUUUACAGAACCUUCUUUUUAUACAUACAGAAAUCAUCCACUUUCCUGACUUUGCCCAGCACAUCUUGGAUGUAGGAUGGACCUGAAAAGGCCGUCACUUGAAUUAUCACUUGAAUAUCAUAAACCUUCCAUUCCUUGGGAAUUCAGCUAACAGGGAUCUCCCACUGCCAUGCCCCUGCAAGGUCCCUUGAACUCCUCUGUGCUGCUACGGUUAAUCUUGAUUGGGUCUCACCUUGCUCAGAAGGUGAGAAGGGAAAGAUGCAGAGAGGAAUUAGCUUCCAUUAGCUGACUUAGCUGUACUUCCAAAUGCUUCUGAGUUGAACUGAUGGUCUGCAGACAUUUGGAAAGUGAUUGGAUUAUUUCCAAAUGGCUGAGAUGCAUUGGCUUAUUUUUCCUUG